CGCUCCCCAUACAGAGAGGCGCGCGCUGGACGUGAUGUGGAAUUAUAUAGACCUCACUUCCAGUUCCACACAGCACUUCAGUGCAUCUAAAACCUCAGACAUGGAUGACCCACCACAAAAUGGCUCCAUGCACACACUAACAUCCACCGCCCGACGACGGUGACCCCCUAUGAGAAGCUAAACCGCCGCUGGAUUGGUUGGGAAUUACAAUUUCCCUUGGAUAAGACUACUAUAUAUCAAAGCUUUUGGGAAAACCCGCUUGUUUGCAUUUUGACUGAAGGAUGAUGGAAAAACUGAAAUCCGAGCAAUUUCCGCUCAGCCCGAGCACGGAGGGCUGCGGAUCUCCCCCGCGCGACACCGCGCCCGAGAAGGGAGAUGCAUGCGGGAAACAGGAAGGCACGAGGACGGAGACGGGAGAGCAUCACCUCCCCGAGGAGCGCUGCAUCCUUAAUGGAGUCGCCAAGGAAACGGCUCACCACGCCACCGAGCUAAAAAAGGAAGUGAGAGUGAUCGAGCUGUCCAGGAGAGGAGGGAGCGCGGAUAUAAAAGGCAGAGAGCUCAAGGCAGACAUCAGCCAUAAGGUGCAGACCACCGAGCUGUGCAGACCACCGAUCCCACUGCCGCUGCCCCCCAGAGACCCGCUGAGCGACACUCGAAUGGUGCAGUUGAGUCCGCCCGCUUUCCCUCUCCCGGCGCGAGCGAUGCUCUACAGCAACAUGACCCCACCGCUCACCACUAUUAACAGUGGUUUUGCUGGAGAAGCGGAUCAGUAUGGGAUGUAUCCCAGCAGUCGAGUGAAACGCAGACCUGCACCUUAUGAGGUUGAAAUCAGCGAUGGUUCUCAGCCCAAAAUCGUGCGACGGAUUUUCACCAACAGCCGCGAACGUUGGCGGCAGCAGAACGUGAACGGUGCCUUCGCCGAGCUGCGAAAGCUCAUCCCCACCCAUCCUCCUGACAAGAAGCUCAGCAAAAACGAGAUCCUCCGCCUGGCUAUGAAGUACAUCAACUUCCUGGCCAAGCUCCUUAACGACCAGGACGAUAUGGUGGGCGGCGAAGCCCCCGCCCGUGCCACCCGAGAUGCCACCCUGGCUCGGGAUGACCUCCUUCAGGAGAUGCUGAGCCCCAACUCCAGCUGUGGGAGCCUGCUGGACGGGGACGCUAGUCCGGAGAGCUUUACCGAAGAUCAGGACUCAUCGGUGGAGUCCAGGUCUUCGGCAAGGGGACUGCACCAUUCCAGCCUCCCGCUAGACGGAAACGCUCAGCGAUGACUGAUUUGGCAUUGGCGGACUGAUUUCUAGAGCCCUGGGUUUGACAGGGCGCAGUGCUUCAUGGACCACAAACUAGCGUAUGUUCAUGUUGUGUGCAAGCAUAUUCCUACGUUUGACUUUCUGUUAAGCUCUUCUCUUCGCACUUCGACGCUAAGUUGCCCUCUGUGGUGAGACGCUGAUACGGGGGAAAACGUCAGGCCGUUUUUUAGUCCAAAAUCAGUUGCCUAGGCAGGAAUUGUCGAUCGCCACCUGGAAACAAAAAGAACACAGAUUGAAUGGUACCCACAUCUCAUCAGGUACACCACUAGGAAGGAAGGUAUUGGAAACAGCUGGACUUUUACAACAAAACAAAAAAAGAGCAUUUGAAGCAAGAAAGGGAAUAGUUCACUGCCAAAAAAGACAAUUUUGGCAUCAUUUACUCAACCUCAUAUCAUUCCAAACGUGAGUUCUUAUUUUCGACGGAUCCCAGAAAAAGAAAAUUUGAAGACCUUACAAUGAAAGUCAAUGGGGUCCAACGUCUUUUCGGUUUUUGGUCCCAACUGACUUCCAUUGUUCUUCAAAAUAUCUUUACAAAAUAGAAACUCCUACAUGUUUGGAGGGUGAGUAAAUGAUCGUCAUUAUUACAAAAACAUGAUAAUGGACGCCCCGGCUUUGGCUUUGUGCAACAAACACUGGGAAAUUGAAUUGGUUAUGACCUUUAUUUAAAUCUUACCAAUGUCAGUGGCAAUAGCAACAAAGUGCUAUUUGGAAAAAAACACCAUUUUAUAAAUGGUUUUUCGGUAUUAUUUUCAAACCCACACACAUACAUGAAAAAAGGUGGAGGAGGUACAAGAGCGUGUACAUAGAGCGGGAUAAUGUUGUGUGACCCUUGUUCCUUUAGACUGUUCUUUUGCAUUGUGAUCAUGGUACACCAUUUAUUCACAUCCCACAUCAUUCAUUCGUUCAUUUCUUUGGCUCAAACACCCCUCCAACCCGACCAUCUCGCAAUCAUGCAUUCAUGGAGUAAUGUUCUGUCACUUUAUUUGACUUGUAUGAACUUGAUCUGCUUUUUAGCAGAGGAUUGAGUAACCAGUCUUGGUACCUUUAAGUCUUUUAUUGGGUAUUAAACGAGCAAACAAACAAACAAAAAAAUUAUUAUUUUAAUGUGAUAUUUAGUAGAAAGGCCUUUGUUGUAAGGUGAAAAUCUAUCUAUGAACAUAUGCAAUGUUAUAUCACACAAAGUUUCUAUAAAAACCCACAAAAAUAAAAAAACAAACCUGAAAA